UCUAAUUUAAUAUAAAUGUACUUUUUUCUCUUUCUGUCCACAGUACUUCAGAGUGACAGUUUUCAUUUUUGUAAUUAUCUGCUGGCACAUUCUUAAUAAAAAAGAAAGUUAAGUGUAUUCCUUCCUAUUACAAACUGAAAAGUUGAAGACUUAGUUUUGAAGUGUGAUUGAGAGGCUGUGCUUUAGUAAGGGGGUCAGGUGUGUUCAUUGUCACUCUGUAGUCAUGCUGGUCAAGACAACUCUCCUUUUCAGGUGCACUCCAAAUCUGUUGUAAAUUAAAACUUUUCCAGUGAUGACCUUUCUUGUAUGUGCAUGUAGUAGUGCUGUUACAUCAACUCACAGAAGACACAGCUGCACUGUAGAGUACAGAAGACUGUGAAUGAAGAUGGUGUCCUGUGCAGAAGUUCACGGACUGGGGGUACAAACAGCAUCAGCAACAGCAACUUGUGAUUGGCGGUACUGGAUAUUCAGUUGUACAUCCCCACAUCAAUGCACUGCCAAUGGGUUAUAUCCUGUGUUGUGACCUCAUGGUUUAAGUGGGAAUAAAGAUGAGUAUAAGCAGUGAUGAGGUCAACUUCUUGGUAUAUAGAUACUUGCAAGAGUCAGGAUUUUCUCAUUCAGCGUUCACCUUUGGUAUAGAAAGCCAUAUCAGUCAGUCUAACAUAAAUGGUGCCCUCGUCCCACCCGCUGCAUUGAUUUCUAUCAUCCAGAAAGGUCUACAGUAUGUAGAGGCAGAAGUUAGUAUUAAUGAGGAUGGUACCUUGUUUGAUGGUCGGCCAAUAGAGUCCCUGUCCCUGAUAGACGCCGUGAUGCCUGAUGUAGUACAGACAAGACAGCAAGCUUACAGAGAUAAGCUCGCGCAGCAACAAGCAGCUGCUGCCGCAGCUGCCGCAGCUGCCGCCAGCCAACAAGGCUCUGCAAAAAAUGGAGAGAACACAGCAAACGGGGAGGAGAAUGGAGCACAUACUAUAGCAAAUAACCAUACCGAUAUGAUGGAAGUGGAUGGGGACGUUGAAAUCCCUCCUAAUAAAGCAGUUGUGUUGCGGGGCCAUGAAUCUGAAGUCUUCAUCUGUGCCUGGAACCCUGUUAGUGAUCUCCUGGCAUCGGGGUCUGGAGACUCAACAGCAAGAAUAUGGAAUCUUAGUGAAAACAGCACUAGUGGCUCCACACAGUUAGUACUCAGACAUUGUAUACGAGAAGGAGGGCAGGAUGUCCCAAGCAACAAGGACGUGACGUCUCUAGACUGGAAUAGUGAAGGUACACUUCUAGCAACUGGUUCCUAUGAUGGGUUUGCCAGAAUAUGGACAAAAGAUGGUAACCUUGCUAGCACCUUGGGGCAGCAUAAAGGCCCUAUAUUUGCAUUAAAAUGGAAUAAGAAAGGAAAUUUCAUCCUAAGUGCUGGAGUAGACAAGACUACAAUUAUUUGGGAUGCACAUACUGGUGAAGCCAAGCAACAAUUUCCUUUUCAUUCAGCACCAGCGUUGGAUGUUGAUUGGCAGAGCAACAACACCUUUGCUUCUUGUAGUACAGAUAUGUGCAUUCAUGUCUGUAAACUAGGACAAGACAGACCUAUUAAAACAUUCCAGGGACACACGAAUGAAGUAAAUGCUAUCAAAUGGGACCCAACUGGCAAUCUCCUGGCCUCCUGUUCUGAUGACAUGACUUUGAAGAUAUGGAGUAUGAAACAAGACAAUUGUGUCCAUGAUUUGCAAGCACAUAAUAAAGAAAUUUAUACUAUCAAGUGGAGUCCAACAGGGCCAGGGACAAAUAAUCCAAAUGCCAACCUUAUGUUAGCAAGUGCAUCCUUUGAUUCUACUGUUAGACUAUGGGAUGUAGACCGAGGAAUUUGCAUCCAUACUUUGACAAAACACCAAGAGCCUGUGUACAGUGUAGCUUUCAGUCCUGAUGGCAGGUAUCUGGCAAGUGGUUCUUUUGACAAGUGUGUGCACAUCUGGAACACACAGACAGGUGCUCUAGUUCACAGCUAUAGGGGAACAGGUGGAAUUUUUGAAGUUUGUUGGAAUGCAGCAGGAGACAAGGUUGGAGCCAGUGCAUCAGAUGGUUCAGUUUGUGUAUUAGACCUUCGGAAAUAGCGCUACUAGUUGGAAGCCAUGGACCGACUAUGAAUGUGUACAUAGCCAAAAUGACUGUCCCUGACCCAAGUACUGCUAUAGUCCUUCUUGAACCAUGGCCAGUCCACUACAGCCAAAUCUAAAAGAAAUAUAUACAUGCAGUGUAUAUAAACAAAAUUGCACCCUGAAGAUGACAGAAUUUUGUCACAGCUUGUGAAUUCUGUUCACCAAGUGCUGGAAUCUAAUCUGCUGUGCCCCUAAAAUAGCAUUUAGAAGUUUUGGAUAUGAAAAACAGAAGAGAGAAAAAAUAUGCGUUAUAAAAGCAGCCCAUACAUGUACCAGUUUUUGGAUACUAAUGACAGCCUUGUUUCUCCCCUUUGAAUCAGCAGACACCAUGGAUUAUAUUCUUUUUUCCCUUCAGUAGUUUAGCAGUUUGUAUGUACAGAGGAAAUGGACUUACAAAAACUUGCAGCAGUAGUUUGUUCUUGCUUUUAAACUUCGUUUUUGGUUUAGUUUAUGGAUGCAUGAAGUAAGGGAGUGAAUCUGUUUCUUGUUUAUAUUUUUUUCACCUUUUAAACAAAAAAAAAAUCUUAAAAAUAUUUUAAUGCAUUCUUUUGAAGAGAUAGAUGUUUGGUACAUUUUAUGGCUCCCAGAGCAUAUAUUCAAUUGGUGCAUGUUGUGGAAGGGGGAAUUGGAAAUUAAAUGGAACUAUAUGACUUUGGUCAUGUCAAUCUGUAAGACACAUCAGUAAAAGGGUAUUAUGCUCUGUUGGGUAUUUUGUUUGUUUUUUUGUUUGUUUUUUUUUGCUUCUUUUUUUUUGUGAUGUGGCUUAAAUGCAAUAGUUUCUUUUUUGGGACAUAUUUCUGCCAAUUAAAAGACUAGAAGGGCACAAUUUUUUUUUAAUACCAUAGAGAAGAUGCAUAAAAGAAAUCUUCUGAUAUCUGUAGCCAUAACUAAAUUAUGGUUAAAAUGUGCACUAUUGUGAAAAGGAGCAAAGUAGCUUUGGGGAUUUUUUGUUGUUUGUUUGUUUCUUUUGCUUUGUUUUUUAAGAGAUUAAAAUGUUUCUGGAUAAGGAUUAGCUUCUCAAAGUGUCCAUCAUUCUGUGUAGAAGCUUAAAUAUGUAAUGUAACCAAACUCCAGUAUUAAAAAUCUCUCAUGUUAUUUUUCUUUAUACAAAGCAAGAUAACGGCAUAUAACACUGCCAUUACAUGGCAAAAUGUUUGCUACCUUAGUUUAAAAACAAUCUUUAAAACGAAAGACUUGCUUCAAGAUGUUUUUAAAUAGCAGUGAUUCAAAUUUUUUUUUUAAAAAAGUAUAAUUGCACUAACUUCCCUGCUGCUCUGAUUCUGCGUUUGUGGUACUUGUGACUACAUUUUUUCAAAUAUAGAUAGAGUUAAGCUGCUAUUUUUUUGUUUUUCAGUAAUCACUACUAUAUCAUGUCUUUUACUCUGUUUAUAAUAUCACGUAUUUUCUUAAAGAUGUAGGUAUCAGAUCAAACCUCUUGUGCUCAUGCAACUAAAAGCUAAAAUAUACAGAAUUUAUAAAUGAUAGCAUGGGACUGUUUAUAUGUAUGAUUAACAGGGUUUGUCAUGAUUAAUGUAAUAAUCCAGAAGUGUCAAUUUUGAAGAGAAUAGUUGUCAAAUUUAUAUCUCAAAGAUUUCAAUUAAGGAAUAUCAUUUGUUAUCAAGUUUAGCAAAUUUAUAACACUAUUUCUGUCACUAAUUAUUUUUAAGCCAUUACUGCUAAAAUUUUAACCUGUGUUUUAAGUUUGAGUAGAAACUGAUUUAACCCAAGUAAUUCAGCUUUGAUUUUCAGCAUUUGUUGUUUUGCUAUUUUUACAAAACAGCACUGAUUGAAGCAAGUCUUGGUUUACUAAGGUAGGAUAGCAUUUGCUAUUGGUAAAGAGAAUAAAUACACUUAAUUUCACUAUACAUUGUUAUAUGUACCCCAGUUGUUGUUAGUGGGGACUAUGAUACUGUAAUAAUAUUUUUUAAAAUUUACAUCCAGAGAGGCAGUCAUUCAUGAUGGUUUUGUGCCAGCUGUUCUUAGGGUUUUGGAUCACAUUAUAGAUAUUUAGAACUAUUACCCUGUGACUUAUGUAGGAAACCUAAUAUGCUGAGUAUCUGGCACUUGAAAUCCUGCUUUUAUUGCUGGAGGUCCACAUCUGUGGUUGACCUCUAUUGUUGUUUUAAAAAAAAUAAAAAUAAAAAAAUCUGUGCAAUAAUUUUUAAAUGUGCUCCCAGGAAUAGACACAAAUGUUUUGAGUAUGUUUAAGCUGCAUUUUCCUUUAGCGAUGCAUUUGUCAAUUGCACUGAAUUUAAAUCUGAAAGUCAGAGGUGAUUAUUGAUAGAACUUUUUGUAUUUUGAUAAUGGACAAUUUAUUCAUUUGCAUACAGUUAUUGACCUUUUUUUUUCCCAACUGAUUGAAAGAUAGUCGAGAAGUUCUGCAGUAUAGCUGCCCAGAUAGACAGCUACAUGUUUAUGGUAUUGUCAUCUUUUCUUUCUUUCUGUUUUUUAAUCUUUAGCUAUUUUACUUAAGCAUAAUAGCCACAAUAGGACAUAUAAAAGAUUAUAAAUACAGAGCUUUAUUAUCCUGAAGUCUUGGGUCUUUUAAGUGCAAACUAUCAGAAAGGUAUCCAUUCUGUAGGCGUGGGUUCUUUAUGAGCAUUCAGUUGUUUCUUUUUGCUGCUGUUCUCAAGUCAUCAUUGCCUGCUGAUGUGCCACGAUGCUGCUCCAGUAGACAAAAGUAAGAUUGCCUCUAAUUUGAGCAGUAACAUGAUUAUAAGAGACCAAGUUUCACAGCCUGUAAAGUUCUAUGUUUGAGGUUCUUGCUUCUUUUUCCUUCAUUUUUUUCCCCUCUGAGAACUUAUUUCUGAAGAUCUUUUGAUUCCAGUAGGUUUUCUGUGGUAUUCAUUAUAUAUCAUUGUUGUAUAGGCUACUGUAAGAAACUUGUAAGGAAAAAUAGAAAGGGAAACUUGAAUGAAUAGAAUAUUCUUGAUUAAAAUAGAGUAAAAAAAGAGCAGCUGUCACUCUUAAACAUCUAAAGGAAUAUCUUUUUCUUCUCCAUGUGGGAAAAUCCCGUUAAGUUCUUAUAUUUAUUCCAUUCCCAAUUUCCUGUCAUUGAUCAGGUAUCAUCAUUGACUUUCCAGUGACUUUUAGAAGUGGUAAGUUUUAAUUUCCUAAUAGGUCUUAGAGUGUAUCGAAUUCUGUUUUAAUUAAUUAUUCUCUAGGUAAGUAUGUUUUAGGAUUAAACACCUUUUACAGAUACUGAAAGUGCCUCCUUUUGUGGUGUAAAAAAACAAAUUAUGGUGCAAAAAGUAAUCAUUAGAUUGAAUUACAUGAAGGUUUUUUGCUUUUUGACAUAUAAAAAUGUCAAGAGAAAGGCCAAAGAUUUGUACUUUUUCACUUAACUUAUAAAGCACUCCUUUUUUUCCUUAAACUUAUUUCUGUCAAAUUAGAUUUAAUGAGAGAGUACUAUUUUUAAGGAGCUAUCUGUUUAUGUAGAAUGAUUUUGUUAAGAGUAAUGUAAACUAUUACUGAGUAGAGGCCUGAAGAGGAGUAUGCAUUUUUGCUAUUUAAAGGAAUCACAAAUGGCCAUUCUUAUAUCAGCAAAAAUGUUGUUUUACUAGAUAAGCAGGAAAAAAAGAUCUCAAAUGCAGUGCGAUUUACUCUUUUCAAAACAGUUUUCAUUUACUGAAAUACAUUGUACAUUUCCAUAGUACCUGGAUUUAUUCUCACAUGCUAAGGGCGGUACUUGCAUUUGGUGAAUUACUGUUGACAGUUUCCACAGAAAUCCCAUUUCAGUGGACCAACAUUGUGGCAUGGCAGCAAAUGCCAGCAUUUUGGGGAAUAGCAGCAAAUCUAUAAGAGACCCUGGUUGGUUUGGGGUGUGGGGUGGGUUGGUUUGUUUGUUUUUCUUCUGAAUCAGCAGGGAUGGAAGGGGAAUAGGGAAGUUAUGAAUUACUCCUUCUGAUAGUAGCUCUGAAGCGUCACAUUCAAUAUCAAUUUUUUAAAACAUGAUUCUAGUUAAAUGUAGAAGAAAGAGACAAAAAAAGAGGAAGUGUUCACUUUUUAAUACACUGAUUUAGAAAAUUGAUGUCUUAUAUCAGUAGUUCUGAAGUAUUAAUAGCAUUCUUUAUUUCUGCCUUUAUGUUGACAGUGUUGAAGCAGGGUGAAUAACUAGGGCAUAUUUUUUUUUUCCUAGUAAGCUGUUUCAUGAUGUUUUCUUUGGAGUUUCUGGAUAAGUUCAAGAAAACAUUCUGCAUGUUGUAUUUAGUCUGAUGUACUUAUCCAUCUCAUUAAAAACAAAAACACACAGACUGCAUUUUGUAGCUCUGUAAUCCCUAAAUACAGAAGUAAUUUUCUUCUUUCCUGACUUUGACAUUGUAGUUAUAAUGUUCUAAUUUUUUAUUUUUUACAAAUCCUUUGGGUCUAAUUCUGUGAGCCUACCUAUAGCACUGGAUUAAAAUGUCUGCAUCAUUUCUUUAGUUAUCCAGUUAACUUUAAAACUGUUGUAAAAGUGUAAACCAGCCCAUGACAGUUUUUGUACCUGUUUAAGAACUUUAUUGUUCAGUUUUCAUGAUUAUUGUGUGAGGAAGACUGAUAGAGAUGUUCUAUGCUGUCCUGGACCAUGUUAAUUACACUUCUGAUGUAUUUUGGUUCCACAUCACAAUGAUUUGUCCCCAGUGACCCUUUUAUCCUUUCUAGGCACAUUUUUUUGUUGUUGUUGUUGUUGCAGUUUCCCUUUGCAUUGUAUUGCUUUGACAACUGUAAUUUGAAUCAGAUCUGAAAGAGGUCCAGAAUAAAAUAUAUUUUGAUAUUA